AUGGUCGAAACCUUACAUAACGCCCCCAUCGUCCUUGACAAUGGAUCGGGAACAAUAAGGGCAGGCUUCGCUGGAGAGGAUCUGUUCAUCGGCGAGAAGGCCGCGUCCGAGUACAGGGGGCUACUUAAGAUUCGGUAUCCCCUCGAGCACGGAAUAGUCACCGACUGGGACGACAUGGAAAAGAUCUGGGACAACCGCGACACCGCCGCGCAGAUCCUCUUCGAGACCUUCAAUGUCCCGGCGCUGUAUACCUCUAUCCAGGCCGUUCUCUCGUUGUACGCGAGCGGUAGGACGACGGGCAUCGUCCUCGACUCUGGCGAUGGCGUAUCGCACUCUGUGCCCGUUUACGAGGGCUUCGCCAUGCCUAGUAGCAUAAGGCGCAUCGACGUCGCUGGGCGUGACGUGACCGAAUACCUACAGACCCUCCUCCGGAAGAGCGGGUACGUCUUUCAUACGAGUGCGGAAAAGGAGGUUGUACGACAUCUCAAGGAGACUGCCUGCUACAUAUCAAGGGAUCCCAAACGUGAGGAGAAGGAAUGGGUUGGCGGGAAGCACGAUUCGGGAAAGAUGUUUGAGUAUACGUUACCGGAUGGCCAUAAACUCAAGCUCGGCCCAGAAAGGUUCAGGGCGCCCGAGAUCCUCUUCGACCCCGAGAUUAUCGGCCUUGAAUACCCUGGUGUGCACCAGAUCGUCAUCGACGCGAUCAACCGUACCGACAUGGACCUCAGGAAAUCCCUCUACAGCAACAUCGUCCUUUCUGGAGGCAGCACACUCACGAAAGGCUUUGGUGACCGUCUUCUGAGCGAAAUGCAAAGGCUUGCCGUCAAGGACAUGCGGAUAAAAAUCUUUGCUCCUCCGGAGAGGAAGUACUCGACCUGGAUUGGUGGGAGUAUCUUGGCCCAGCUAAGUACCUUUAGGAAGAUGUGGGUGAGCAUUGACGACUGGCACGAGAACCCGGACAUCAUCCACACGAGAUUUACCUAA